GGUACUUUUGAACAGAUCCUUGGCGAGAGUGCCGUAGAUCCAUAGCUUAACCAAGCCAUCACGCUUUUUCCAAGCCGCAUCGUCAUCGUUGGCGGGCAAGAGGGUUCCAUCAAGGUGUCCGGAGACAUCGAAGCUUUGGCAGUGGGUGAGAAACAGCUCGCGCCAAGCAUCAUAAUUGGCUUCAUCGGCGUCGAGGAGGAAGGGAACGUGUGUGUUUGAUGUUGGUGAUGCCAAACGCUCGUUCGAGAGGAGGAGUAGCAGCCGCCAUUGAUGAAAUAGAGAGAAAGAGAUAAAGAGAGAUAGAAAUAGAGAGAGAUAGAAGCGAGAUUGCAGUGGAAGGUUCAGGAUAUUGAACCCUCUGAUACCAUGUAAGUUAGUGAGUUUCCCUUGAAGGUUUACGUAUAUUCAUAUGUCAAUAUAUAGUACAAGAGGUUGAGUGAUAUCAGGGAUCGACUCAUAACUAUACAGAAUAUACUGAGGAAUAAUAUCUUAACAAUCCUAUCGAUAUCUAUCCUCUAAUACAAAAGACAUCCAGACAUUGCAGUAGAGUUCCGUGCAAAGAACCAACAUCUGAGGAACGCAUGCAUGGAUUUCCUGCUCAGCUUAAUCGAUACAUUGUGCCAGUCACUUGAGGAUCUCUCCAAUGAAGAUCUUGUGGAAGCAGACAUUGCACUUACGUACUUGAAAGACGCUGGUUUUAAGGUGGAUUGGUUGGAGAAAAAGCUGGACAUAGUUAAAGACAAGAAGGAGAAAGAGCAGUCCAGUUUGGCUCGGCUACAGGAAAUGGAGGAUUUUUUACUGAAACUGAAACAAUAAUGUUCAGACCUGAAUGCCCUAGUGGAGAAGGAAGAGGAAGAGUUGUCGGACACAAGAAGUCCUAUGUCAUUCGAUGAUGUUGUUUGAUUAUUUGAGUUCUUAGACAUUUUGUGUGUUUGUUGUCUUAUUUUCUCCCUUGGUUUCAAAACAAGAUGUUCUCUUGUUAUGUAAUUAAACUUGGUGUCAUUUUGUGAAAAUGUCUUUUGCCGUUACGGUCUAUCUAAGCUUUGUCUACUAACUUUGUUGUAUCUCUAAGUUUCUUGACGAGAAAGUAAACUACUUUGUGCCUGUAACACUGAUCUUGGAAAGUUCUUAGGCUCUUUGAGUUAUGAAAAUCCUUCUACACAUUUCCUCCGAUCAUUUGCAUUCUUUGUAAUAUGGAACGUUGCGUCGAUAUAUUAUUAUUACAAACAGUAUUAUUAUAUAUGUUCUUUUUUUGACAAAACUGUAUUAAUAUGUUUAAUCUAUAUUCUAUUCCAUUCAUCAUAAAUUCAACACAGAACAUAUUAGAAUUGUUAAAAGUAGAAUAGUAGAACAUAUAUGAAACGUUUGCACUAUUAAGAAAACAUGCACCGAUAGCUACUACACUCGCUUAGUUCAUGUUCCCUAAGUUAAGUAACAUGCACCAAUAGGUAAUCUUGCUCAGUUCAUAUAUAUAUUCCCUAAGCAAAUUUUAAGUAUUAUUGGGAACAAGGAUGGAGCAAAAUCUAAAACUCGUUAUUCUGAUCCUUAUGAGGGCACUACUGGCUACGCCUGGUACACGUAACACUUAAAGUCUUAACCCCACUCUUUUGUUCAUUUAUAUUGUAAUGAUUCAUUUAUUUUGUGUUUAUUGGCAGUUGCCUUGGAGCUGUUCGCAAUGCAGUCAAACAUGAAGACUUGUCUGUGCUUUUUCACUACGGUCCAUCGUUGCCCACUGAACUAAAAAGAUAUCUCAAGUAUCGCCUGACUAUUGUGAAUUAACUUUCGGAAGAGCUUUCCAUAUUUAAAGGUUUUUCUUACUAAACCUCAGGAUUCUCUUUCGAGAUUAAUUCGUCAUUGUCAGUAUCAUAUAUCGUAUCCAAGAUUUUUUUUUUUAAUGCAUGUUAGAUUAAUUUUACUAGUACACUGUUUUUUUAUCUGUUUUAUUUUUUAGCAAAUUCUUUAUUGAUGUUUAUUAAACAUUUGGGUGGAAUUUUACAGAAGGGAUGCAAUGGUUUUAUCCAAUGACAAUGGACUUGGCUUAUACAUCUGUGGUUUUGCUUCCAAAAUUUCUUGACAAAGAUAGUGGCUUCCUUGUAAACGAUCAAGUGAAGAUUGUUGUGGAGGUUGAUGCUCUUCAAGAUAUACCAGUGGAAACUGAGAAGACAGAGGAAAAUGAUUGUGUUUUGCUGAAGGAAGGUUCAUCAAUAAUGGAAAGCAUUGAUGUCAAUGGUUUUCAUGUUUUUCCUUCACAAGUAAGACAUUUAUUAAUGGUGUGUCUUUGUUACUCUAGAAGACUCAUUCCCAUUGAUUUUUUUUUUUAUAAGUAUAAUACUUUGCUUAUUCUAAUGACCAAAUAAGGCUAUAUCAUAUGUGUUUUAUGUCUGUCUCCACUGGCAGGUAGGAUAUGUGAGGCGUUUAUUUGAAAAGCACCCUGACAUUGCAGUUGAUUUUCGUGCAAAGAACCAACAUGUGAGGAACGCAUGCAUGAGUUCCCUUCUCGGCUUAAUUCAGACAUUGUGCAAAUCACUUCAAGAACUAUCCAAUGAAGAUCUUAUCGAAGCAGACAUUGCACUGAAAUAUGUGAAAGAUGCAGGAUUUAAGGUUGAUUGGCUGGAGAAGAAUCUGGACCAAGUCAAAGAAAAGAAGUUGAAAGAGCUGUCCGGUUUGGCCAUGCUCCAAGAAACUGAGGAAAAAGCACUGAGACUGAAGAGAAAGUUUGAAGAGCUUGAUGCUCUUGCUGAAGAGCAGAAGAAAGAGUUGUCAGCCACCAGAACUUCUCUCACCUUCGACGAUGUUGUUUGAUGAUUUGAGAUCUUAGUCAUCUGGUGUUCUGUUGUCUUAGUUUGAGACACCAGAACCUCUUUCUUAAUAAGUGGGAACUCUUUUGAAGUCGCAUUCUCUUUGUUCUAUGUUUUUUCUUCUGUUGGUUUUAUUUUCAACUAAGUUUCUCUUCUUCAUGCACCUCAAUUUCUUGUUAUUUCAAUGUUUAAGAAUUUUUACUGCAUAUCAUCUGUUUCUUCAUGAUUCGUGGAGUACUGACUUUUGGUUUUCCUGGUUCUUGGUAAAGUAUUGCUGCAUCACAUCAUAUGUUUCUCUCUUUAUUUCUUUAGCCAUUAAUCCUUUUUGCUUUCACUUAAGUGUGGUUCAAUUUCUGAUCAUAAUUAGUUAAAUUUGUUACUGAGAAGCUAUGAGUACUUACUCAGCACCUUGUCAAGAUAUGCACACUUCCAGGUACAGUUGCAUAGCAUGGAGCUGGUGGUCUUGGUUCUUAAAUUUUUGCUGAGGAAUGAAAAAGGCUUUCGCCGCUAGAGUUCCUCUCUCGUUCAGCGAUGUUAUUAGCUGAUUGAGCAGUAUGAGACUGAAUAUGGAGAAGAACUGGUCUGACUAAGACUAACAGAAUGUUCUGCUUUCGUUAGUGUUUAAACUAUGCUCUCUUCUUUGCUUUUUGUCUUGUUAAAAUGACAAUCAAAUUCCAAGGCUCUAUCUCAUAUCUCGGGAUGUAUAAACAAAACUUUUCAACUUGUUUGAUUACAAUCACGAGUACUCCAUUCACCGAGAACCCACCAUCCUCUGCAUGAAGUUCAGUAAGGGGUAUCAUGGAUUCAAAGAGUAGAUAUCCCUUCAAACCAGUGGCUGGUUUCUGUAACAUCACGAAAUGAAAUUCAUACAAUUACUUCAUGAACUAUGCACCUAAAGAUUAAAGCCAACCUAAAACACCCUUUACAAAACAAAGAGUUGAAUAACUUUUGCAAUCAUUCAAUAUAAUGAAUCAAGCAUUGAUCAGAUGGAUAAACAUUUACCUUCACGUAUUGAGAGUUUUUUUGAAUAAGCAAGAUUCUCCAGAAACAAAGACAAGUAAUCACCGUCAUUUCCCUUGGGAUAAGCUACAAGUUUCCUGCAAGAAGAAAACAAAGUAAAGAAGCCGAAUAGUUACUUUCUUCUUCCGCCAUGGUCCGACUCAUCUUCUAUGCUCUCUUCGUCAUGUUCUCUGUUCAGCUAAUUAAUAAAUUGAAAGUGUUAAGAAGGUUGUUGAUUAAAUCUAUUAAUUUUUUUUAACAAAAUCCAAAAUUAUGUUUGAUUUGUAAUCGUAACCUAAAUAUUUUAUGAAAUAUUUUACAAGUAUUGGUUUCCGCUUUUUUAGAACGAAAUCAACUUUUUAAAUAUCUUAAAUCAGAGAGGCACAUGCACCAAGACUGUACGUAAGCCCUAAGAUUAAAAACUGAUGGCUGCUUGUUACUCUAGAGUUUUAGGGUUGUUCUAACACUUAUGUUCUGCUAGUUUGAUUGCAGAAAAAUCAUGGGGGAGCACUCAAUGAAGAAGAUCACUUGGACGAUCAAGAACUUUUCAUCUUUGCAACGUGAGAAAAUUUGUUCUGAUCCAUUCGUGGUCGGUCGUUGCGAAUGGCGUCUUUGUGCAUAUCCCAAGGGAAACAACGUUGACUACUUGUUUCUAUUUCUUGAAGUCGCCGAUCAUGAAUCACUGCCUUGUGGAUGGAGAAGAAACGUUCGAUUUUCCCUAAGUAUAGUAAACCAAAACACCAUAAAACGUUCCAGACAAAAUGAUGAGCAAAAGUGGUUUGGUGAGGAGUCUCCUCGUUGGGGUCGUGUAUCCAUGUUUCCCCUUAAUGAGAUCCAUGCCAAAGAGAGUGGAUAUUUGGUAAACGGAGAACUCAAGAUUGUUGCUGAGAUUGAGGUCAUUGCAGCUAUUGGCAAGUUAGAUAUAGCAGAGGAAACUUCAACAAUAAUAGAAACCAUGGAUGUUAAUGGCUUUCAACUUUUUCCUUCACAGUUGGAACUUGUGAGCCGUUUGUUAGAAAGGCACCCAGAGAUUGCAUCCGAUAUCCGUACUAAGAACCCAAAUCUUAGGACGGGUUACAUGAGCUUGCUACUUAGUCUGAUUGAGACUCUGCGUCAGUCGCCUCACGAGCUCUCCAAGACUGAUCUGGCCGAGGCAGAUGCUGCUUUGGGAUCCAUGACCAAUGCUGGAUUUAAAUUGGAUUGGUUGGAGAAGAAGCUCGAUGAUAUGGCCGAGAAGAAGGAGAAAGAGGAGGCUGGUGAGGCUCGAGUGCGGGAAAUCGAGGAAGAGUUGAAGGAUUUAAACCAGAAGUGCUCAAACCUGGAAGCUCAGCUGGAGAAGCAAAAACUAGAGUUGUCGGCUGCAAAAGCUCCUAUCUCAUUUGAUGAUGUUUUUUAAUGUUCUUGAAUUCUAGGCUGGAGGUUCUUGUUUUAGGCGAACAAAUGGUUUCUAGUACUACGUAAUGGAGUACAUUGGUUUUAAGUGAAGAGAUGGUUUUAACCCAGGUUACUUGAGGAAAAAGUAAUACCUCUACGUCUAUUUAACUUCACAUCGUAGUGUAUGUUGCUUACAAUGUUUUUUUUCCUAAGUCAUAUUUUUUUAAUGUAAGAAAACAUUCAUACUUUUUUUUUUGUCAUCAUAUUCAUACUUUAAGUUUUUGUUUGGCAACAUAGAUAGCAGUUAAAAAAAUAUUGUUGUUUGAAAACAUGGAUAUCACUAACUUACGAAAAAAGAAAGUAAUGAGCUUAUGCUAUUAAAAAAAUUAGAUUUAUGUUAUGUUAAAAAGUAAUGAGUUUAUGUUAUUUGAUAUACAUAUUCAAAUCAAAAUAACAAUUUAAAAUUGAUUCAUAUCAAAAAUUCAUUAUACAUAUAUUCAAAAUUUGAUUUUUACUAACAUGUUUUCCAAUAACCAUUAUAAAAAUGUUUUCAAUAUCUGUAAGAAAAAUACAAUACAAAACUCGAUUUGAAAUAUCAACUUAAAUUAUAGUUUUUAUAU